CUGCGAUUGGCUUCUGCUGCGGGCCCUGUGCCGGGCGCGCGGGCGAGGCUCGGGGCGCGAGGACCGAGCGGGGCCGGCGGGCUCGCGAGCCAGGGGGAGGGGCCGGGGCGGCGGUGGCGGCGGCGGCGGUGGCGGCGGGGGCCGGUACUGGACCCGGCGGGAUGAGCGAGGCGGAGGCGGCAGCGGUGGCGACAGCGACCCCCGCGGCGACAGUGCCCGCGACGGCGGCAGGGGUGGUAGCGGUGGUGGUCCCGGUGCCCGCGGGGGAGCCGCAGAAAGCAGGCGGCGGGGCGGGCGGCGGCGGGAGCGGAGCCGCCUCGGGCCCGGCCGCUGGGACCCCCACGGCACCAGGCUCCCGCACCCCAGGCAACCCGGCGACGGCAGCCUCGGGGACCCCCGCGCCCCCGGCCCGGAGUCAGGCGGACAAGCCGGUGCUGGCAAUUCAGGUCCUGGGCACCGUCAAAUGGUUCAACGUCCGGAAUGGUUAUGGAUUCAUCAACAGGAAUGACACCAAGGAGGAUGUCUUUGUUCACCAGACAGCUAUCAAGAGAAACAACCCCAGGAAGUUUCUGCGCAGCGUUGGAGACGGGGAGACGGUGGAGUUUGAUGUCGUGGAAGGAGAGAAGGGUGCUGAAGCUGCUAAUGUAACUGGGCCUGGGGGUGUGCCAGUGAAGGGCAGCCGCUAUGCCCCCAAUCGACGCCGGUUCCGUCGAUUCAUCCCCCGGCCUCGCCCAGCUGCCCCACCACCCAUGGUGGCAGAGGCGCCCACCAGUGGGGCAGAACCUGGCAGUGAAGGGGAGCGGGCUGAAGACUCAGGGCAGCGGCCCCGGCGCCGGCGCCCGCCGCCCUUUUUCUACCGCCGGCGGUUUGUGCGAGGCCCACGGCCCCCCAACCAGCAGCAGUCCAUAGAGGCUACUGACGGGGUGGAGCCCAAAGACACAGCCCCACUGGAGGGAGACCAACAGCAGGGAGAUGAGCGGGUCCCCCCACCAAGAUUCCGGCCCAGGUAUCGCAGGCCUUUCCGCCCAAGGCCACCCCAGCAGCCAACCACAGAAGGUGGAGAUGGUGAGACCAAGCCCAGCCAAGGCCCCACUGACGGCUCCCGGCCCGAGCCCCAGCGCCCACGAAACCGCCCCUACUUCCAGCGGCGCCGGCAACAGCCCCCCGGCCCUCGGCAGCCCACAGUGCCAGAGACCUCAGCCCCCAUCAACAGUGGGGACACCCCCCCUACCAUGCUGGAGUGAUUCCAACUCAAAGGACACCCAGCCACCAUCUGGUAUCUGCCAGUUUUUCCAACUGACUUGUACUCUCCCCAGCACCCCUCCCUCUUCCCCAGACUUCAUGACAUGGAAACACCGGCUUUCCCCCCUUUUCCUGGAGACUCAGGGGAGCCAAGCCCCAGCCUCGUGCGUCCAGCCCCUGCCCCCAGCUCCCCUGUGAGGGCGGGCAGAAGGGCUCCAUCCCCAUCUUGAGAGGAGCCCACCCCCACCCCUCAGUCGGGCUGAGAAGGAUCCAGCCAGCUCUUCCCUCUCUCUCCGGGUUGCUUUUCUUUCCCACCCCAGUUUAUUUUUGCUGCCCUCCACCCCACCCCCACCUCAGAAGCCAUUUUAUGAACUGUCAUGUGCCACCUGAGCCUCCAGUAAAACAAAAACAGGC